AUGUCUGAACUAAACUCAAACCCAGAAAUCCUUUUACGUAAGAGAAAGAAUGCUGAUAGAUUAAGAAUCGAAAAGCAAGAAAAUGCUAGAAAGAGACAAGAAGAAAUCUCAAGAAAGAAAAAUCAAAGAAAACAAAAAUUUGUUAGAGCUGAAACUUUAGUUGCAAAAAGUUUAGCUACUAAAAGGGAAUCUGAAAGAAUCAAAAGAGUUUCCAAGAUCGAAAGAGUUAACGCUAUCAGUGAUAGUCAAAAUAGACAGUAUAUUGAAAAAUUGAAUCCAGAAGGUGUCAAAUCAAAAGAGUUAUACAGUGGUAAACCAACUUUAUAUUUCAUUGUUAGAAUAAGUGGACCUCAUGGUGUUAAAAUUCCAACAAAAGUUCAUAAAAUAUUGAACCUUUUGAGAUUAAACCAUAUAAAUACAGGUGUUUUCAUCAAAUUAACUGAAAGCAUCUAUCCAUUAAUCAAAUUGAUUUCUCCAUACACUGUUAUUGGUAAACCAUCAUUACAAUCUGUUAGACAAUUAAUCCAAAAGAGAGCAACCAUCAAUGUUAAAGAUCAGGAAUCAGAUCAAGUUAAAUCAGUUAAAUUAAAUGAUAACAAUGUUGUUGAAGAAAGAUUAGGAGAUGAAGGUAUCAUUUGUAUUGAAGAUAUCAUCCAUGAAAUUGUUUCAUUAGGUGAAAAUUUCAAAACUGUUUCAUAUUUUUUGAAUCCAUUUGAAUUAAACCAUGAUAUAGUUGGUUAUGGUCCUUUAGCUAAAUUGAAAAAAUUAGAAAAAAGAGAAGCUAAAAAACAAAAUAAAACUUUCUCAAACAGUGGAUCUGCUCCAAUCUUGGAAAUUGAUAUUGAUGAAUUUGUUGCUCAGCAAAAUUGA